GAGGCGGCCGACGAGCAUGCCGGACGCCACGUUUGCCGGCCACCAGCGACCACUCCGCCUCGCCCGAAAUGCUGGGACGCCACCUUUGCCCCGGACUGGCUUACUGCGGUCUCGUCUUCAUCUGGACGCUGCAGGCCCUGAGCGGCUCGGUUCCCGCGGACGAGGCGUCCGACGCUUGCGACGCGUCCAUCCGGGACGCGGCGUCCGCUUGGGAUCACGUUCGACUAACGGUGAGCGGGCAAGGACGGAACUGCUCCUUCGCUGUGUCGUCGCCGGACGCCGGCGUGGAAGAUGCCCGGUGCGAGAGAAGGAAAAGCGACGCGGCCAAGGAGGAGGCCAAUUCGACAGGAAGUGAGCGGUCCGGCGUCUUCGUGUGCGAACUGCGGCACUUGGAAGCGGGAACUGCGCACGUGCUCCGCAUUCAGUCCGGCGCCGAGCGCCAAUUGGCCAACGUCACCGUGCACACCAGUCCAUCCGCACCACGGGGCCUACGUGUGACUUCCAGGUCGAGUCAGAGCCUGGGACUUUCCUGGGAGGCGGGCCCGGGCAGGACUCAGCGUUUCAGGCUGCUGCUGUCGCGGUGCCGCGGAGGAGCGGACGCGCGCCCGCUGCUGAACGAGACGUUGGAGAGCACCGCCACGAGCCACGCGGUCGGCAACCUGACCCCGGGCGCGCGCUACAAUGUCACCAUGGCAACGGAGGCCGGCGGUCUACACAACGCCACGAGCAUCCAAGUUCAAAUCGCGCCGGCCGCCGUCACCGAACUGGCGGCCGACGCCAACGGCACCGCCUUGCGGUUGUCGUGGCGACGGCCCGAGGGAGAAGUCGAGGCCCUGGAGGUCCGGCUGCGGUCCGACGAUUCGAGCCCGCGACGGACGGACCUCCGUCCCGACGCCGCCGAGUUCGUCGUGGGUCAGCUGACCCCGGGUGCAGACUAUCACCUGACGGUGAGCUCCCGGAGCGGUGAGCUGCUCAACCGGUCGGAGAUUCACGUACGCACGGCCCCCGCGCAGGUUUCUCUCCUGUCCUUGACCCCCGCCCCGCUGGGCGGCCUCUUCCUGUCGUGGGCGCCCCCCGCCGGUCGCUGGGACGGCUACGGCCUCGUCCUACGCGACGACUCGCGGGAAAUCGUCAGCGCCGUCCUGCGCAAAGACGCCGUCAACUUCACCUUCCCCGGGACGGGACUACUUCCCGGAGGACGCUAUCGAGCCGCCCUGGCGGUGAAAAGUGGGCGACGGGCAACAGAAAACACCUGCGAGGGAAACACACUUCCCGCGCGCGUUGGCGACCUUCACAUCCGCCACGCCGACGAAACGUCGCUGAGUGCCAUGUGGAGCCACGCCCCCUCCGGGUCCCGGGACGCUUACUUCCUGACCCUUCGCCACGGUGACGUCACCGUGGACACCAGGGAGGUGGAGCCUCACGCGAGGGAGUGCACCUUCAACGUGCUGACGCCCGGGAGGACCUACGACAUCAGCGUGGCCACCGCCAGCGGCAAUCUCAGCGCGUCCGCCUCUGUGGAAGGACGGACAGUCCCCGCGGCGUUGAGCGCCAUCACUCUGCGUAGCGUCGGCGUGGCGAGCCUCGAGGCGGCGUGGGAAAAACCACGCGGGGACGUCGACUCGUACGUGCUCACGUUACUCCACGACAGCGUUGUGGUUCAGAAGCAAAACGUUCCUGUUCCCGUUGGCCCCGCCUCCUCGCUGCUUUCUGGCUUAACCCCCGGCGCCCUCUACAGACUGGAGGCUGUCACUGUUAGUGGCGGCGUGCGCUCCAAAGUCACAAGUCUGGAGGCGAGAACCACCCCGGCGUCUGUUACCGCGGUAAUGGUGGUGAACGGCGGCCGUCCGGACACGCUGCACGUCUCCUGGCGUCCCGCGGGAGGCGUCGUUGACAGUUACCUGGUCCGCCUGGAAGACGGCGUCGCCGGGGCGGCGGUUCACAGCCUGGCCGUUUCGCGCUCGUCCGCGCCCGACUGCUCCUUCAGCUCCCUGGUGGCCGGACGCAUGUAUGCUGUCGUCAUAGCGACCAGGAGCGGCAGCCUGGAGAACGCCACCCGGGUUCACGCACGCACACAACCCGCCAGAGUGGAGAUGGCGACGGCCGUGCACUCGGCCAGAGACGGCUUCCUCAAGGUGUACUGGCGCCCGGCGUCGGGAGACGUGUCGGCGUACGUCGUCUCGGUGUGGUACAACCUCACCGUGGUCCAGAAGCGGAGCGUUCCGCCCGGACGCAGCGAGUGCGUCUUUGGCUCCCUGACGCCCGGGAGACUUUACACGGUCACCGUGGAAACGUGGAGCGGUGACCUCGUCAGCGCCGCGUCCACGGACGGACGCACUUUUCCAGCCGCUGUGGCCAAUCUGUCGCUGAGCGACGCAGGACCGCGCGACCUGACCGUCACCUGGAGCCCCGCUCGCGGGGACGUGGACCACUACGAGGUUACGCUGGUGUUCAACGACAGCCGAGUCUUUCCUCCGGUCACGCUGGGCAGCGACGUGCGAGCGCACAAAUUCACGUCGCUGACGCCGGGACGCCUCUACAAGAUGGUCGUGUCCACGUUCAGCGGGCCGAACCAGAGGGCGCUGUUCAUCGAGGGGCGAACAGUUCCCGCCGCCGUGACCAACCUCCACCUGGCACCGCGGCGCCACCCUGCGGACCCGGGCGGCAGCCUGGCAGUCACGUGGACGCCGGCGGUCGGAGACGUGGACGUAUACUUUGUUUCCCUGUCCUCUACGGGCGGCGUCGUGCUUGAAACCCGACUCGUCCCCAAGCACGUCUCGUCUUUGGACUUCCGGGAUCUGAUCCCGGGACACGCCUACAAUCUGACUGUCCAAUCACGCAGCGGUGAGCUGACCAAUAGCAGCACGGUGUCCGGCCGCACAGCGCCAGCCCGCGUGAGCGCCCUGCAGGCGGACAAGGAGCACACGUCGCACGGCCUGACCGUCACGUGGGAGGGUCCGGCGGGCCGCUACGACGCCUUCAGACUGCUGCUGGCCGACCCGUCCGGCGUCCUCUUGGCCAACCGGACGCUCCCCGCCCAGACCCGGGCCCACCGCCUGGACGGGCUGACGCCCGGGAAGUGGUACCGGGUGAGAGUGCUCACGCUCAGCGCCGGCGUGGCCUCGGCGGAGGCGGCGGCCGAAGGACAAACGCGUCCGUCCGCUGUGUCCGACUUAACGGUGAGCUCUGCCAACGUCUCCUCUCUGGGCUUCUGGUGGCGCCACUCCGACGGCCACGUCGACGUCUACGAGGUUUCCCUCCUGGCGUUGGACGACGCCAAAGAAGAGCGGGAAACGGCCGACGGGAUGCGGCGUCAGCAGGUCGCGGGCGAGCUGGUGGGCGUCCAGAAGGUGAAGCCGGGCGUGGACUCGUGCGUAUUUACUGGCCUGCGGGCGGGAAGUCUGCACCGAUUGCAGGUGCUCAGCUGGAGUCGUCGAUUGAGCAGCGACUCGUCCGUGCUCGCCAGGACCGCGCCCUCUCCCGUCGGCGGGCUGCGACUGCACAGCGCCGGGCACGCGCACCAGCUGACGACCACCUGGAGGCACGGCGACGGGCGGCGGAGCGGCUACCGGGUGAUCCUGUCCGACGUCUCCGGCGCCGUCGUGGCGGCCGAGCUGCUGGGGGCGGAGCAGAGCGCUCACACCUUCACGGGGCUCGCUCCGGGUCGGCUGUACCGCGCCGAUGUCAUCGCCAGCAGCGGCGAGAUGAGCAGCAACGCCUCCGCGCUCGGACGCACCACCCCAGCCCCGCCCACCCACCUGAUCGUCAAGCAAGGCCCGGCCGACGACACGCUGGAGCUGCGGUGGGGCGGCCCCGCCUCCGGGGACCACGACGGCUUCGCCGUGGCGUGGUCGCCCCCCGACCGCCUGUCCGUCACGGAGGCGCCGCUCCGCUCUCGCUCGCUGGCCGGCGCGUUUCCGGGGCGACGGUACAACUUCACCGUGGCGACCGUCAGCGGCGGCGUCACCAGCCAGCCGGUCCGGAGCGACUUCACCACGAAUCCGAGCCCGCCGCUUUCCCUCCGCUGCGUGCCCGCGUCGUCUUCGUCCCUGUCGUGUUCGUGGUCUCCUCCCGCCUCGGACUUCGACUCCUACGAGGUCGCGUGUCGCCGCCACGACGACGGGGAGUUGACGUCGGCGCGGCGCCUGGGAGGCGGGGCCGACGCGGUCACCCUGGACCGAUUGGACGCGUUCAGGAAGUACGCGGUGACCGUCAGGGUUUCGUCGCACGGACGCGUCAGCGCUCCGGCCACGCGCACGGCCGUCACCAUGAUCGACCGCCCCCCGGCCCCGCCCCCCGACGCGAGCGUCGCGGCGGCCAAAGUGACGUCGUCGUCCAUCGCGUUUCGCUUCAACUGCUCGUGGUUCAGCGACGUCAACGGCGCCGUCAGAUACUUCGCCGUCAUCGUGGCGCAGUCGGACGCCGAGGACGCGCUCCUGCCGGAGCAGCGCCACCCUCUGCCCUCCUACCGCCACUACAUCACCAACGCCUCCGUCAGGGCCUACCAGAGCGCCUACUUUCUCAACAGAUGCCAGCAAGACACCAACAGCGCAGCCGGCCAGGUGGUGGAGGUCAACUUGGGGGCAGGAGGAGACCGACUGGGGGGGGCCUGCGACGGUUAUCGUGACGACGACGGUGACUUCUGUGACGGCCCGCUGAAGGAGAGAACGUCUUACAGGUUGAGCGUACGAGCGUUCACGCGACUGUUUGACGAAAACGACAAAGAGUUUCCUCAGCCGCUCUUUAGCGACACCUACCUGUCCACGCCAUUCCGGACGCGUGCAGAACCAGUCGGGGGCGUGGUGGAGGGUCUCAGCGCCAGCGUGUUCCUGUUGGGCGUGACGGUGGCCGUCGUCUCGCUGCUGCUGUACAGACACAGACUGAGGAAAGUCAGGGCGGUCCAGGAGAACCCGGUGAUGAGGAUGAACAUGUGGAAGGAGGUGCCGAAUUCCGGGAUGUACGUAGGGGUCAGGAGUGCUCGUCGCGUCACGAGUCCGGUGAAAGCGAGCCACUUCGAGUCUCAUGUGUUGAAACUGCAAGCGGACGCCGGCGUUCUGAUGUCCGAGGAGUUUGAGGACCUGAAGGACGUGGGUCGCAGUCAGAGCGUGGACGUGUCCCGCGUGGCCGAGAACCGCGGGAAGAACCGCUACAACAACAUCCUGCCGUAUGAUUCCACGCGUGUCAAGCUGUCGUGCGCCGACGACGAAUCGUGUUCCGACUACAUCAACGCCAGCUACGUUCCCGGUCACAACUUCCGGCGCGAGUACGUAGCCGCGCAGGGCCCGCUGCCCGCCACCAAGGACGACUUCUGGAGGAUGCUGUGGGAACACGGCGUGCGCGCCGUCGUCAUGGUGACGCAGUGCGUGGAGAAGGGCCGGGUAAAGUGCGACCAGUACUGGCCGUCCCACAAGGAGGCGCUGUACUACGGCGAGCUGGCGGUCCAGAUGAUAUCCGAGCGGGUUCUCCCCGAGUGGACGGUCCGCGAGUUCAGGAUCUCCUCGGAGAGCGGCGGCCCUCGCGUCGUUCGUCACUUCCACUUCACCGUGUGGCCCGACCACGGCGUCCCCGACAGCACGCGCUCGCUGGUCCAGUUCGUCCGCACCGUCCGAGACUUCGUGGACCGGUCGGCCGGCGCCGGGCCCACCGUGGUCCACUGCAGCGCGGGGGUGGGCCGGACGGGCACCUUCGUCGCCCUGGACCGCCUCCUGCAGCAGCUGGACGCCAAAGGCAGCGUGGACGUCUACGGUUGCGUGUUGGACCUGCGCCUCCACCGCCAGCACAUGGUGCAGACCGAGUGUCAGUACGCCUUCCUGCACCAGUGCGUGCGCGACGUCCUGAGAGCCCGGCAACUCGGCGGCGACCACGCCAUCUACGAGAACUUCAACCCCGACCUGCGGCGAGAGCUGAUCCGCUCGGGGCGCUGAUGGACAGGACGUGUCGCCGGCGAGAAAGGAAAGAGAAUCCAUUUCUUUUUAUAUUUUACUUCACUGUCAUGUUUAACUUUAUUAGUGGAUGUAAAUAUGACAAGUAAUCAAUAUUAGGAAGUAUAUACAUGUUACUGUCAGCAUUUAUAAGCUAAAAACACGUUUUUUUUUUUUGUCAGAUUGAGUUGAGCCACAAAAUGAAGAGAAAUGGAUGUCAUGUCAAAAUAAUGUACCUAAAUAUAAAUAUUUUUGUUGUGACUUCAGGCCAGUUUGUGUGCGCGUGCUCGCCUCAACGCGAACUGAGUUGAAAAUUCACUUUUUCGUUGAUGUGGAAAAAAUGUCAAUUGCAUCAAAUUAGAAAAGUCAUCGUUUCGACUUCGGAAAUUCGUGAAAUAAAUGAAUAAAUAUG